GCCAUGCCCAUGAAUCGAUAGCAAGGCAAGCGACGCAGACCGCUCGCAGCCACCGCCCGCGGACGAGAAAGACGACGGGCGAGAGGGGUGGACGGGCCGGCUACCUGCGGCUUGGCCGCUCCGCCGUGCGAGCGAGGGACGAACGGGCUGGCCGCCGGCAGCUUGGCCGGCGCGCGAGGGAGGGGCGGACGGUCCGGCCGCCUGCAGCGUGGCCGGAGCUCCCUGCCCGAGGCGCGAGCGAGGGGCGGACAGGGCGGCCUACGGCUUGGCCGGCGCUUCCUAUCCGGCGUGCGAGGGAGGGGCGGACGGGCUAGCCUGCGGAUUGGCCGGCGGGCCCUGCGUGGCACACGAGGGAGGGGCGGACUGGCCUGGUCGCCAUGGCCGGUGCUCUGGCUCAUGCAGCUCGAGUCCAGGCGUAGGAAGGAGGGGGUUCGGCCGUCAGGCGCACGCGGACGCGAGAGGCGAGGGGGAGGAUGGCUCGGCCUGCCGUGUUGGAGAAGACAGAGCGGGCGGCCGUGCUCCGGCGGCAAACUCGGCCGCUUGGAGCCAGGUGCAGUGCCAGUAAAAGAUUGGCAGGGGUAAGAAGGAGAAAAUUAUCUGCCGCGUCGGAUUCAAUUCGACCAUGGAGCUCCUCCCUCCGGGCGCAGACAGGCUGGUCGCAUUGCCGGACGACGUUCUUGUGCUCAUCUUGGAGAAGCUGGGCGGCGCACGCGAGGCAAUCAGGGCCUGCAGUCUCGUGUCAAGACGAUGGUCGCAGCUCCCCUGGCUGCUCCAGGAGCCCAAGAUCAGCGUUAGGGACUUCAACCCCAGGGGCACCGAGCUCUAUGAGCUGGACGCCGCCGAGCUGGGCCGAGCCAUGGGAGCCUUCUGCCGCGCCGUCUCAAGCUUCCUGUCCAACGCCCCCGAGGCGACGGCGACGGCUAGAUGCCUCAGCCUCGAGUUCUUCCUGGCGAAAGGGUGCCUGCCAACCGUCCAGCGGCUGCUCGGCGGCGGCGGCGUAGGUGGAACGACGGCGAGGAAGGUCAGCGCGCCUGCAGCUCGCCAUCAGGACGACGGUGCACGAGACGGACUACGGCGACGCCCUGAUGCGCCGGUACGCGCGGCGCUUCGAGCGCUUCAUGGGCGCGUGCCCCGGCGCGUUCCGCGUGCUCACGGGGCUGGAGCUGUGGAACCCUGUGGCUCGGCAGCACCGGCGUGGCGGCCGUCCUGGGCGCGUGCCGGCGGCUGGGGCGCCUCGCGCUGCGCCACUGCCACAGAACGAGCGGCGGCGGCGGCGAGGCGCUCGUGA